AUGCCGGAGUUAUCUUCAAAAGGCACUACUAUUUCCAAGAAAGGCUUUAAGAAAGCUGUGACGAAAACCCAGAAGAAAGAAGGAAAAAAGCGCAAACGAUGCCGCAAAGAGAGCUAUUCCAUUUAUAUUUACAAGGUGCUGAAGCAGGUCCAUCCAGAUACUGGCAUUUCCUCGAAGGCCAUGAGCAUCAUGAAUUCUUUUGUUACUGACAUCUUCGAGCGUAUUGCUGGGGAGGCAUCCCGCUUGGCCCACUACAACAAAAGAUCAACUAUCACGUCCAGGGAGAUCCAAACGGCUGUGCGGUUGUUGUUACCUGGUGAGCUGGCUAAGCACGCAGUGUCUGAGGGCACCAAGGCUGUUACGAAAUAUACAAGUUCCAAGUAA